GUAGUGGCAGGCACAUACCUCUUUCAGCAUCAUCUUCCAACGUCUGUGGCCUUUCCACAGCAUUACCCUUUCAUCCUCUUGAUACCCGCAAGGCAUAGCCUUCACUACCUUGCCGCAUCUGAGCUUGCCGUUGCUACCCCUCCUCACACCCUGCUGCGAUCUGGCGCGUCUCCGCUUGCCACCUUCGGAAGAGCAUAUACGGAAGGCAGACCUUCCUGACCCUCUCAAGAAGUAUUGCGUACGACGCAAGACUCUCUAGUACACAUCAUUCGUCUACUUUGGCUACGUACCUUCAUACCCCCUCCAGGAUCAGGACCCAUCGGCUCGCAGCAGCAAGGUACGCCUCGCCUCGCCUCACCUCUCUGAGGCAGCUCGUCCUACUGCCUGCUCCACAAGAUGCCUUUCGACCUAGACUCGUGCAUCUCCACGCUGCUACGGAAGCAGCUCCUGGGGGAGCCGCUCCUGAAGGAGAUAUGUGAGAAGACAAAGGAGCUGCUCAUGAGGGAGGGUAAUGUGGUACAUAUCAGCGCGCCGGUGACUGUAGUGGGGGAUAUUCAUGGCCAAUUCUACGACCUGAUAGAGAUCUUUCGGAUAGGUGGCUAUUCACCGCAUACCAACUACCUCUUCCUGGGAGACUACGUCGAUCGGGGUCUCUUCUCAGUGGAGACAAUCAGUCUCCUGACAUGUCUGAAGUUGCGGUAUCCGGAUAGAGUGCAAUUGAUCAGAGGCAACCACGAGAGCAGGGCAGUGACACAGACAUAUGGCUUCUAUACCGAGUGUACGCGCAAGUACGGUGGCUCAACAAAAGUCUGGCAGUACUUCACAGACAUGUUUGACUUUCUCACCCUCUCCGUCGUAAUCGACGACCGCAUCUUCUGUGUGCACGGCGGUCUCUCCCCCUCUGUUCACUACAUCGAUCAAAUCAAGAUCAUCGAUCGGUUCCGCGAGAUUCCGCACGAGGGUCCGAUGGCCGACUUGGUUUGGUCAGAUCCAGAUCCGGACAAGGAAGAAUUCGCAAUCUCACCUAGAGGGGCGGGCUAUACUUUUGGGGCCACUGUCGUCUCCCAUUUCCUAGAGCGCAACGGGAUGAACCACAUCCUUCGAGCUCACCAAUUAUGCAUGGAGGGAUUCUCGGUCUUGUACGACGAUAAGCUCAGCACAGUCUGGAGCGCACCGAAUUACUGCUACCGAUGUGGGAAUAUGGCUUCCAUCCUGGAGGUGGGGCCGGGAGGGACAAAGCACUUCAAUACAUUCAUGGCUGCGCCGGAGAAUGAACACGAUGGACCGGCACAAGCCGGCCAGCAAAAGCACGACGCUGUGGACUAUUUCCUAUGAUGGGUGGGAAGUUGGCACGUUGCGCUUGUACGUGCUCAGCAUAGCCCUCAAGAGCAACGAUUUCGAGUCCCGCUCCAGAAAUGGGCUGUACUCAAGAGGGUCGUGGAAUGCAGUCGACUCCCCUGUCAGGCUGACCUACUGGCUCCAGUGGCAGCCUCGCUCGCUCGCCAUUCAAGAUGCGACAUCUCCGACCUUUGAUCAAGCCCUGAAGUAGGGGACCAGCCAGGAUGCCGUUGGCCUUGGUCACGUAUGCAGCACAAAGCAUCAGCAGCAGCAGCAGCUUGUAGAGGAGGUCCAUCAUCAUUAUGAUCCGAUAGUGCAAUGUAGAUACCAUGGUGAAGACCCGUUGAGCCGGGCCCCUCCCGCCAACGAUCAAAAUGAGCAAACGAGAGCAAACAUGGUGUGAAGUGCGCUUGCGAGUGAUGUUUUGCGAAGAAGGAUGCGC